AUGGGGCGCCGCCAGAAGGCCAAGACUAACGCGGGAAACAGAAAGCUCAAGAGGGGCGAGCGGGACUUGAAGCGUCGUGGCAAAGACAUCGAUCAAGUCCAUGCGGAUCUCAAAAAAGGAUCAGUUGAAUUGCCCGUUGACGAGGACCUGCCGGGCAAGGGUCAGUUUUACUGCAUAUCGUGCGCGCGCUACUUCAUCAGCGAGUCCGCGCUGGAGAUCCACACGCGGACGAAGACGCACAAGCGGCGGUUAGUUAUCGCGCAGGAGACGCCCUGGAGCCAAGAGGAAGCUGAAGCAGCUGCGAAAUGA